AUGGAGGGAAGAAGGUCAAAAGUUCACUAGUCAAAGACUAAACUUAAUGAAAACGAAGAUGAGCAGGAUGAAAGAUUUAUAUAAAAAAAUGAGACUCACAAAAAGGAAAGUAGAAGAAGAUCAAGGAGCAAGUCCCAGCAUGCUCAAGAAGAAGAGGAGCAUGCAAAUCAUUAAAAUUAUACGGAAGGCAAGAAAACACCUAGCAAAAGAAAAUAUAGUGAAGUUAAACAGCAUAUUGAAGAAACCAGUGAGAAUUAAUCAGAUGAAAAGUUGUUUGUUAAUAGAAUCUUCUACAAAGCCUAAAGAAUGUCUAGGAAGAGGGAUAGUCAUCAUCAUCACAAUGCUAAUCAUAAAAUCAAGUUGUAUUACUUUGAAAUGUAUGGAAGAGCUGAGCCUAGCAGAAUGCUUCUCUCGCAUGCAGGCGUAGAGUAUGAAGAUGUGUACACUAGUCAUGAGGAAUUUCAAAAGAUUAAAGGCAAGGACGAUCGAUUUGAAUUUGAUGCUUUACCUGUUUUGGAAUUAGAUGGAGAGUACUAUGCUGAAUCAUUAUCAAUUUUGAGACUGCUUGGCAAACUGUACGGCUAUUAUCCUGAGGAUCCUAUCGAUGCAUGGAAGGUUGAUUCAAUGAUUGACUUAAAUUAUGACCUUCAUGACGAUUAUUGGAAGUUCUGCUUCCAAAGUGAGCCUGAGAAGAUUAAAAAGUGCUAAGAUGAUUACUUCUAAAAGCAUUUACCUAAGUAUUGCUAGCAUGUUUAGAGAAGAUUGUUGAAAGCUGGCAACAUUUAUAUUUCAGGCGAUUAGAUUACCAUUGCAGACUUUCUUCUUUCAGGCUGGGCUUACAUGUUUGUAUACAAUGAAUCAUGCAUCCAUAGUAAGGAGCAUUUAGAGGUCAUCAAAAAUUAUCCAGACUUAGAAGCUUACUUUGACAGAAUGGCUCAGCAACUUAAAGAGCAUUUAGAUAAGAGACCUAAAGGGCUUAUGUACUGA